AUGAACAGCCAUCACUAUGCUCAACACGCAUACAACAGCGCUCCCUCAUACGGUGCACAGCAGGGAUACUCAGCAUACAAUCAGCAAGCUGGUCACCCACAUCCUAGCAGCGCCACCUCGCACUAUGGCCAGCAGCAACAGCAACAGCACCAUUCCCAGCAACAUGCUGGCCAUGCAGGUCACGCGCUCUACGGUCAGCCCACUCACCAUUCCCAAUCCUCAGCUCCGAUGCAUUACAGCAGCUAUACCGGCACAACCAAUUCUGCCACAUCGGCCGGCUCAGUGCCGUAUGCGCAUCACGCUGAGAUCAAUCAGCACCACGCGAUGAGCCACCCCCACCAUGCUCAGCAAGCUCAGCAUUACUCUGCUCAUUACGAGCAUCAGCCAGCCGGCAGCUCCCACCAGCACUUUCAUCAUAUGGCAGGCGUCAGCGGUAUGCCUGCGCCUAGCUCAGCAGCUCAAGCUGGUCCAAAGCCCAAAAGACGGCAGGUCAAGAACGCUUGUGUUAAUUGCCAAAAGGCUUGCAAGAAAUGCGACGAAGGUCGACCUUGCUCACGUUGCGUCAAGUACGGUUUGACCGACAGUUGCCAGGACUCUUCGCGCAAGGAGCGCAAGCGCGGCAUCAAACGCGGACCGUACAAAAGACGCGCGAACGGAUCAUCGGAGCAAUCUGGUGGCCAUCACCAAUCACGCAGCACGGACAGCUCUAGCGGCAACGGCCGUGGUAACAACGACAUGUCCAGAGGCAGCUCAGACAGCCAGCACGGCGCUGAAAUGUCCAGCAGGGCCUUGGAUCCCAGCACUAGCUACAUGUCCAAUUCCGCCUACCCAGAUUCAGCACCUGGCACCAUCUACCGCGGAGCGAGUCAGCUCCCACAAUCGUCUAUGAACGCCCCAUCGACGUACGACAAUUCACCAAGCCCGCACAUGUAUGCGCGAGAAGCCCGGUUGCAACUGCCCUCGAGCGUCUACGAUCGUCGCACAGGUGUCGAGUCCCACGACAGCACCGCUACGGCGCACGCUCAUCAGCACGACCGAAGCACCUCCACUCCCAUCGGUGCCAUUGGCCGAGCCACGGGCUCGAGUCCAUUGAUGCACGCAAGCGGUGCACAGGGACACUUGCCCUCGUUGAGCUCGAGCGCAAGCUCCCUGGCGUACGGUGUCGCUCACCGGCCCCAGCUAUCCAGCGCCUCGUCCAACGGCUCAGGCUCGCUCUUCUCGCCGCCCACACUCUCGAACAUUGCUGGCCUCGGGGGCGGGGCGUCCCAAAUUUCGCCUCGUCUACAAAACACCUCCGAGUAUGUGCAUCAUCCACCUCCUUCGACCAUGGCAAUGUCUGCGACGGGCAGUGCUUUCAUGAACUCGGCGUCAUCAAGCAUCAGCUCGCAAUUUCCUCUCCAGCUCCCUCAACGUGCCAAAUGGUUCGAAGAAAGCAACCCUCAGCAGUCGCACUAUCCUGCCUCAACCACGUCCAGCCUUGGCAAUGUGACGUCGUUCGAAUUGGCACCUAUCAAGCCACGUAGCUACCUCGGAGCUGCUUAG